UGAAGGCACAACCAAAAUCCCAUUGAGGAAGAAAUAUGAGGAAAUCUAGGUCUUUCAUGGCCUAUCUUGUGGCAACAAUUUUGGUGGCGACUCUAAGUUUGCCAUCUGUAUUUGCGGCUGAGUAUGUUUAUUCUUCUCCUCCACCUCCUUAUUAUGUAUACAAAUCACCUCCUCCUCCUGUCUAUUACUCUCCUCCACCACCAAAAGUGAAGUAUGAGUAUAAAUCACCACCACCUCCGAUCUAUCAUUCUCCUCCACCACCUCCAGUUUACUAUUCUCCUCCACCACCUGUUUACCACUCUCCACCACCUCCAGUUUACCAUUCUCCUCCGCCACCUGUUUACCACUCUCCACCACCUCCAGUUUACCAUUCUCCACCGCCACCUGUUUAUCAAUCUCCACCCCCUCCAAUUUACUAUUCGCCUCCCCCGCCAAAAAAGUAUGAGUAUAAAUCACCACCACCUCCAAUUUAUUACUCUCCUCCACCAAUUUAUCACUCUCCUCCACCACAAGUUUACAAAUCACCACCUCCUCCAAAAAAAGACUACGAGUACAAGUCUCCACCACCCCCAAAGAAGGACUACGAGUACAAGUCCCCACUACCACCCAAGAAGGACUACGAGUACAAGUCCCCACCCCCACCCAAGAAGGACUACGAGUACAAGUCCCCACCCCCACCCAAGAAGGACUACGAGUACAAGUCCCCACCCCCACCCAAGAAGGACUACGAGUACAAAUCUCCCCCACCACCAAAGAAGGAAUAUGAGCACAAGUCUCCACCACCUCCCAAGAAAGAUUACGAGUACAAGUCUCCAUCACCACCAAAGAAGGACUAUGAGCAUAAGUCUCCACCACCUCCUAAGAAGGACCACAAGUACAAAUCUCCACCACCUCCCAAGAAGGAGUAUGAAUAUAAGUCUCCUCCACCACCUAAGAAGGACUACGAGUACAAGUCUCCUCCACCUCCCAAGAAAGACUACGUGUACAAGUCUCCUACCCCACCUAAGAAGGACUACGAGUAUAAGUCUCCUCCACCCCCCAUGAAGAAUUACGAAUACAAGUCCCCUCCACCCCCCAAGAAAGGCUACAUUUAUUCUUCACCUCCACCACCUCCUUACCACUACUAGAUCAAUAUGCAUUAUACUAUUACUCGAAGGUAAAAGAAAAAAAAAUACUCAUACAAUAAAGAGAUGGCCAAACGACGAUCGUCAAUGUGCUCAAACCAUGGCCUUCCAUUAUAAAUUAUGUCUUGUUGAUCCAUAUAUUUUGCUUUCCACAAUUUAGUUCCACAUAUUGUGUGUAUUCAUAUUUUACAGAAAUUACGAGAAUAUUUCAUUUUCUUUUCCAAAA